AUGUCUUUCCCCCCGCCUCCCGUUGACACCAUCGACUGGCCCAAUGUGGGCUUCAAGGUUCGCGAGGUAAACGGCCACAUUGAGUCGACAUGGACCAAGUCAACGGGCAAGUGGUCCCCUCUUCGCUUCGUGGCCGACCCUUUCAUGCGCAUCCACGGCAUGGCACCGGCCCUCAACUAUGGACAGCAAGCCUAUGAGGGGCUCAAGGCCUUCCGCACACCGGGUGACAAGUCCAUCACUAUCUUCCGCCCGGACCGCAACGCUGUGCGCAUGCAGCACUCUGCCGACAUGGUGUCGAUACCCCGCGUCCCUGAGGCCACCUUCGUCGAGGCUUGCCGCGCCGCCGUGGCCCUCAACGCCGAGUUUGUCCCGCCCCACGAGACGGGCGCGGCCAUGUAUAUCCGUCCCCAGAUUUACGGGUCCAGCGCGCAGCUUGGCCUGAGCCCCCCCGACGAGUACACCUUUGCCGUCUUCGUCAUACCCACGGGUGUGUACCAUGGUGCGCACCCUGUGCAGUGCCUCAUCCUCGACGACUUUGACCGGUCCGCCCCCAACGGCACGGGCAGCGCCAAGGUCGGUGGCAACUACGCUCCCGUUCUGCGGUGGAGUGACGCCGCCCGCAACGAAGGCUACGGAAUCACACUGCACCUCGACAGCGCACACCACCGUGAGAUUGACGAGUUCAGCACUAGCGGCUUCAUCGGUGCCAUCGUCGGCGCAGACAAGGAUGAUGUCACCCUCGUAGUCCCCGAUUCGCGCUGCGUCAUCGAGAGUGUCACUAGCGACAGUAUCCUCCAGAUUGCCCGCAGCUUCGGGUGGAAGGUUGAGAAGAGGGCUAUUCAGUAUAAGGAACUUCCAAACUUCAGCGAGGUCGUUGCCGCCGGUACGGCUGCCUCCCUCGUCCCCAUCAGGUCUAUCACCCGCCGCAAGGUUGCCCAGGGCGACGGCGUGUCCGUGGACUCGACCCGUGUGUCCAAGGGUGAAGAUGGCGCUGAGACGAUUACCUAUCUUCCCAAGGAGAAGGAGGAGCCAGGGCCGAUUUGCGAACGUCUUCUGGCACAGCUCAAGGGCAUUCAACUGGGAAAAGUGGAGGAUGCAUUUGGGUGGCGUGUCGAGGUUUCCAAGGAUGAUACGGCUAUCAAGGUGGACUGA